CCUGUGCAUUUUAAUUUUCAUAAAUCUUGGUAAAAUGAAUAGAAAUAAAACAAGUAAAAUUUGUCAAAUCUGUGGUGAUACAAAAAUAGUUGGUCGUAAUUAUGGGGCCGUCACUUGCGAAACAUGUAAAGCCUUUUUUAGACGCGUUGUCACCAAGGACUAUAAACAUCUUGAUUGUCAUCUGAACGGCAAAUGCAUAAUAACUACCAAAACACGAAAGUGUUGUCAAAAGUGUAGACUUGAUAAGUGUUUCGCUGUCGGCAUGAAAUUAGGAUUCAUACGAAGCGAUGAGGAAAACAAUAGGAGACGACAAGUGAGUGAAGAGAAACGCAAACGACUCACACAAAUGACUACAGAAUCAGAUUCUGUGGAUAUUCUGUCGAAAAGGGAUUCUUCGCAAGAAUUUAAUGAUAAUACUGGCGAUGAAAUCGAGGGUUUAAUUGACAUUUCACUUAAUAUUAGUGAUGAAGAAUUCAAUGAACAGAUUAUGGAAAUUGAAAGUAUCGUCAAAAAUGAUAUAAAUAUUCAGUAUAAGUCAUACGAGAAUCGACUGAAACAGGAGUUCAUGAAGUGGUCAGUCGUCCCCGUGUUUAAGACUAUUACCGAUUAUAAUGGUACCAAUCAGUUGAAGUCCACGCGUAUAACCGAG